AUAAAGAUCAUUGACAAGACUCAGCUGGACGAAGAGAACCUCAAGAAGAUUUUUCGGGAAGUGCAGAUCAUGAAGAUGCUGUGCCACCCUCAUAUCAUCAGAUUGUAUCAGGUCAUGGAGACGGAGAGAAUGAUCUACCUGGUCACGGAGUAUGCAAGCGGAGGGGAGAUAUUUGAUCACCUGGUGGCUCACGGACGGAUGGCGGAGAAAGAGGCUCGGAAGAAGUUUAAGCAGAUAGUAGCAGCCGUGCACUUCUGCCACUGCCACCAUAUUGUCCACAGAGACCUGAAGGCCGAGAAUUUGCUUCUGGAUGCAAAUCUGAACAUCAAAAUAGCAGAUUUCGGAUUCAGUAACAUCUUCACUCCUGGUCAGCUGCUGAAGACCUGGUGCGGAAGCCCCCCUUAUGCGGCCCCUGAGCUCUUUGAAGGGAAGGAGUACGAUGGGCCCAAAGUGGACAUCUGGAGCCUGGGGGUGGUGCUCUAUGUGCUGGUGUGUGGGGCCCUGCCCUUCGAUGGCAGCACGCUGCAGAACCUGCGGGCGAGGGUCCUGAGCGGGAAGUUCCGCAUCCCCUUCUUCAUGUCAACAGAGUGUGAGCAUUUGAUCCGCCACAUGCUGGUGCUGGAGCCGAGCAGGCGGCUCUCCAUGGAGCAGAUCUGCAAGCACAAGUGGAUGAAGCUGGGGGAAGCAGACCCCGACUUCAGCACAUUAAUAGCCGAGUGUCAGCAGCUGAAAGCCGAGCGGCUGCUGGAGCCCCUGAACGAGGAGGUGCUGCUGGCCAUGGCGGAGAUGGGGCUGGAUAAGGAGCGCACCCUGCAGUCGCUGAGGACCGAGGCCUACGACCACUACAGUGCCAUCUACAGUCUCCUCUGUGACCGCCAGAAGAGGCACAAGACCCUGCGCACUUCGGGCCUGCCCAGCCUCUCCCGGACUCCGGCCUUCCCAGCGCCUGCCAGUCUCCAGGCGGAAGCUGCUGGCACCCCAGUGAGCCUCAGCGUCCCACAAGUGCAGCUCAUCAACCCAGACAACCAGAUAGUGGAGACGGAUGGCACCAUGAACCUGGACAGCGACGAAGGCGAAGAGCCGUCUCCCGAAGCCCUGGUCCGCUACCUCUCCAUGCGGAGACACACCGUCGGGGUGGCUGAUCCUCGCACUGAGGUGAUGGAGGACCUGCAGAAGCUGCUCCCCGGCUUCCCGCGAAUGGCCCCCCAGGGCCCCUUCCUGCAGGUGGCCCCCAACGUCAACAUGGCAGCCAACAUGCUCCCCAUGCAGCACCUGCAGCCGAGCGGCCAGUUGGAGUACAAGGAACAGUCUUUGCUGCAGCCGCCAACGCUGCAGCUGCUGAACGGGAUGGGGCCGCUGGGGCGCAGGGCCUCCGACGGGGGAGCCAACAUCCAGCUACACGCCCAGCAGCUCCUGAAGCGUCCUCGGGGCCCGUCUCCCCUCGUAACCAUGACGCCCGCAGUGCCUGCUGUGACCCCCGUGGACGAGGAGGGCUCGGAUGGGGAGCCAGACCAGGAGGCCGUGCAGAGAUACUUGGCCAAUAGGUCCAAAAGGCACACUCUGGCCAUGACCAACCCCACCGCGGAAAUCCCGCCCGACUUGCAGAGGCAGCUCGGACAGCAGCCCUUCCGCUCGCGGGCCGCACACCUGGCACCUGAGCAGCACCGCUACAUCUACAAGGACUCAAACACGCUGCACCUCCCCACGGAGCGCUUUUCCCCCGUGCGCCGUUUCUCGGACGGGGCGGCCAGCAUCCAGGCCUUCAAGGCGCAGCUGGAGAAGAUGGGCAACCACAGCAGCAUCAAGCAGCUCCAGCAGCCAGGCAGGGCUGAGCCUCAGCCGCGCCCUUUCCAGGAGUGUGAGCAGCUGCAGAAGAUGUACGGGGGCCACAUGGACGAGAGGACCCUGGAGAAGACGCAGCAGCAGCACUUCCUGUACCAGCAGGAGCAGCACCACCAGAUCCUUCAUCAACACAUCCAGGACUGCAUCCGUCCGCCACAGCCUUCCACACCCUUGCAGGCGGCGAGUGAAAACCAGCCUACGCUGCUCACUCACCAGCUCCAGAGAUUACAGAUCCAGCCCUCCAGCCCACCCCCAGCCCACCCCAGCAAUCAUCUCUUCAAGCAGAAAGACAGCAGCCCCCCACCCGUCAGCAGCAGCCUGCUCCAGACCCACAGUGCAGCCUCCCAGACCCCGUUUCAGGGGGGGACGCCAUCGCCUCCGCCUCCCCACGGCAACCUCUUCCAGCAGCCUGGGAACCGCUCCCCGCCCCCUAACCUGGCCUUGUCCUGCCUGGGCAUGCAGCAGCCGGGACAGCCCGUCCCGAUGCAGGAGCCCGGAGACCUCAUGGGCAGCAGCCUUCUGCAGGGCGGGAGGGGCUUGCCCAUGCCCCCCAGCGCCAGUCCGCUGCACAUGCACCAUCGUGCCAGUCUGAUGGCCUCCCUGACCUACGGACACCGGCCCCUGUCCAAGCAGCUCAGUGCCGACAGCGCCGAGCCCCCGCACAGGUACCCGUCCACCGCAGGCUACACCCAGGCGCACCUCCACCCUCAGCUGUUCCCUGAGCCGUCCCGCGUCUCUCCGAGCAGCUUCGGCCCCGCGGCCCCCGCCGGCUUCCCCGCGGCCCCAGUCCUGAAGGUGCCCCUCCUGGAGCAGUUCCCGGGCUUCCCCCAGAGCAGCCAGCAGCAGCACUACGCGGCCUCCGCCCUGCACCAGGCCUUGCUGUCCCCCACCCCGCCAGACUACAGCCGGCGCCAGCAAGUGCCCCCCAUCCUGCAGGGGCUGCUUUCUCCCCGCCACUCGCUGGCCGGCCACCCGGACCUGCGGCUGCCCCCGGCGGAGGUGGCCCAGCUGCUCAAGCGGCGGCAACAGCAGCAGCAGCACCAGCAGCACCAGCAGCAGCAGCAGGACUUCCAGGAGCUCUUCCGGCAGAUGAGCCAAGGGGAGGCGGGACAGGGGCUCCCCAGCAUGGCCCAGAAACUCUCCGACCGGCCUCCCCUGGCUUUGCCUUACCAAAACACUGACCCUUACCACCCCCACGCCGGCCCCCAGCCCCUCUUGAAGAUCAGGGGACAGGACUGCCUCUCGCAGGUCUCGGGGCCGCCCCGCGCAUACGCCCCCCCUUCGGCCCUGCUGCACUCGGAGAGCAUGGAGGAGGAGGAGGAGGAAGCGGCGGACUGCUUGUGCGUGGGGGCCAGGGACCCCUUCCCAGGAGGCCACAAGGCCAAAGGCUGCCCCGAGACGCUGCUCCUCUUGAGCAUUGGGGGGCCUGGGGACUCGGACUCUUUGUUUGGGCCUGCCGAGGGAGAGCCAGAGCUGGGCGCCCACCUGUAUCGGCCCCAGACCGUCUCCCCCUUCUGUCGGAGCGAAGUGCCCUGCCCAGAUGCCAUGGUCACCGGUGGCCAGGAGAGGACCUCGCCUGGGCACAUGGAGACGGGCGACGCGGAGGGGCUCACGGCGUACCCUGUGAGGAUGAUCCCUGGCGUGCACCCCAGAUCCCGGCCCCUGCAGAGACACCACACCAUCCAGAACAGCGACGAUGCCUACGUGCAACUGGACCCUUUGCUGGGCAUGAGCCUCAUGGCGGGGAAAGCACUUAGUUCUGCCCGGAUGGCCGAUGCCGUUCUCAGCCAGAGCUCCCUGGUGGGCAGCCAGCCCUUCCCCGAGGGGGAGAGGAGGGAUGGUGGGGAACGCCUGGGCGGUCAGGAGCAGCCCGGCUUGGCUGAGGGCAGCCAGCAUCUCAACGCCUCUUGCUACCCCUCCACCUGCGUCAACGACGUCCUGCUCAGCUACAGGCAGCCGGAGCUUCCUUUCGGGGUGGAGCAAGCGGGGGUCUAGCAGCCCAUGGCAGCUGUCCCGCUCCAAAGUGAAAAGGUCCAUUUCAAACCGACAGUAUCUCGCAGCCUUGCACCAAACAGCCAUCGCAUUUCUCUGGGAAGGAAACCUCAUGGCGGUGGUGACUCUUCUUCCUCCUCCUCCUCCUCCUCCUCCUCCUCGUUGGUCCAAGAGCUGCUUCUCCCUUCCGGGUGUUCGAUAUUGCCAUAUUUGCCUGUGAUGCCAGCUGUCCUGGAAGCGCCAACCGCCCCUCCGGGGGCUGCGAAGGUGGACUGGCCACAACCGCGAGGGCAGCAGGCGCCUCCCUGGCCUCCCUGGCGCCAGCAAUAAGCAGACUUUGGGACGGGGCCUUUCCAGGGACCGAGGGGCUGCGCUGGGGCCCUCUUUACGCCUGCCUGUCUGCCUGCCUUCUGUUGCUCAGA